AUGGCGAGCCGUGCCCCGUCCUGGAUGCUGGGCAGCAGGAACGGCUUUUUCCUGCAGAGCUCGCGCUGUGUGAGUGGGUGGAGCCUGUUGCUUUGUCUCAGCAGUUCGGAGAGAAGCUGUCUGCGGAGGAUCUCCUUCUCUCACCUGCAGCAGCAUCAGACGGUGAACCGGUUGCCCGCGGUGAUGGAGGCGUUCUCGGACGCAGGCGGAGGUCUCUGUCACUUCUACACUCGCUCACACCUGACAGGAUCUGAGUUACCCAUGAGGCCACAUGCCUGUGGAUCGACCAAUCAGAAGCUGCAGCUUCCUGCCUACAGUCGCUCACCUGUCGGAGCCCCGCCUGCCGCUCUGGUUGCCGUGGUGAAUGUUUACGUCCUGGUGACGUCAGUGAAGCCGCUGACUUCCUUCCUGCAUGACAUCAGCGUGGUGACAACCAAUCAGAAGCAGGGAGGGCGACCCAAAAAGCUCAGACACUUCCUGCUGCAGCAGCUGGGCCCAAACACCUCCCAUGAUGCUUUGGGGCAAAUAAAGAAGGUGAUCGGUGAAGUUCUGCAGGCGGCCGUGUCGACCAAUGAGAAGCAGCAAACCCUCAGCAGGUGUGUGUUGUGUUACCAGCUGGUGACCUUCACUCUGCUCUUCAGCGGCUCCGUCUCACCUAUCAUAGUUCAGGUGGAAACUGAUGUGACGUUUUCUUCUCUGAGCGCCGACACUUUGAGGGACAGAUCACCAGAGACGAGAUCCUUGAGGACACGCUGCUCCACCUGCACCUGUCCCCCGCAGGGACACAGUACGGUGGCUGCAGAGGGACACAUGACGUCUCGGCAGAUGAAGACGCCUUCAGCUUUUCAACUGCUGUAUCCCAGCUCCUCCUCUUCCUCUUCCUCCUCCUCCGGUCCUCUCAGAGUCUCAGAUCUUUUGAUCAGGAUCAGCCGUCACUACGAGCUUCAGAGAAACCAAAGCUACAGAACUGAUGAAACAGAAGAACGGACCAAUCAGGAGCCAGCUCUGUCUUCUUCACGGGAUGGGUUUGACGGUAGAGGCCCCUGUGUGGACCCCCACCUGCGUCAGAUCUACACCGACCCCCCCCUCACUCUGACCCCGCCCUUUAGCCCCCGGGUGAAGGAGUACCGGGCGGAGGUGACCUUCGACACGGUGACGGUUCGAAUCCGCCCGCAGCCCGUCAGCGCAGCCUGCAACGUCCACCUGGACGAGCACCGGGGCCCCAGGAUGGCGAACUACCCGGUCGGCCUCGGCGACAGCAUUAUCAGCAUCCUGGUGACUGAUGACGGCGAGCCAGAGCCCGUCGUCAUGACGAUCUACACCGUGCACGUGUACCGCGAGAGCCGCCCCAGCCUGCCCAUGUUCGGGGAUCAUGUGACGUGCAGCUUUCUGCAGGACUGUGGUCUGCUGGUGCAGCCCGGCCUCUCUUGUGGUCUGCAGCCUCUCAUCAGUUCUCACAGUCCACCUCAGAGCUGCAGCUCAGGACACACAGCAGGUCGGUGGGUGGUGCCGUGUCUCAGCUGUUCUGACGACAGGACGUGUGAUUGGAGAGAUGUUUCCUGGCAGCCAGACGGCUGUUACUACCCGCUGGUGGACCCCCCCCUGCUGCAGGACUGUCUCACAGACAGGAAGGUGUUGUUUAUUGGCGACUCGACCAACCGUGGGAUGAUGUACUUUCUGAUGGAGCGGGUGAACUCCAGCCUGCAGGUCUGGGGGAAGUCCCACGACCUGCAGGUGUACGAGCACCUGAACGUGGGCCGGACCCUGGUCAGCUACUCGUACUACCCUCAGUUCUGGGUGGAGAAGAAGCAGAGACCCAUCUUCAGACAGGCGCUGCUGCAGCUGAUCGACAGGUCGCGCCCUCUGGUGAACUCUAACCGGACGGUGCUGGUGGUGGGAGGAGUCCAGUGGCUCAACACGGAUCACCUGAGAACCAUCAGCGAGGUGCUGAACAGCGAGUCUCUCGGUGACGUCCUGGUGGUGGUGAAGUCUCUGGGCAUGGGUUUCCAUCUUCCUGUGGACGGGAUCCGAUCUCUCAGUCUGAAAGAGAUCCAGGACCUCUACAUAGAGAAUCAGAACAUUAUCGCCACAGCAAAGCAUCAUGGGUACGAGGUGAUCGACACGUUCAGCAUCACGAUGGGUCGACACAAAGAGUUCCUGCAGGGACGUUGUGCCUGCCACUUCCAUGAGGUGGAGAAGUUCAGAUCCUCCAGAACUGGUCCUGAACUCAGCAGCCGAUCAGCCGUGCAGGACACGGACCAGGAGGCGUGGCCUAGAGCCUCGUCCUAUCACGUGAGAGGACCAGUGAACCAGGUGUACUCUGAGAUCCUUCUGAGCCGCCUGUGUCCCAGAAACUAGAGAGAGAGAGAGAGAGAGUGAGAGUGUGUGUGUGUGUGUGUGUGUGUGUGUGUGUGUGUGUGUGUGUGUGUAUGUGUGUGUGUGUGUGUGUGUGCGCGCGUGCAGCAGGGUCUCGAUGCUCAACUGAAAGAGUCAUAAGAAAUUAUGCAAAAAGAAAAUUUUUCCACUUUGAUCCUCCAGGUGGACUCAGAGGUGUGAUUGUACUUUAGAUUUUAUUUUGUGAUUUUAAAUACAAAACAACUUCUUAAAGUGAAAAAGAAGAAACUUCCAGAGUUAAAGGUCCAAGGUGAGAACAAAACAAUAAGAGACAAAUAAUCAUCAUCAACAUAUAUAUUAUUUUCUCAUGUAAUUUACACUAAAGAGUUUCUCGUUCCAAAAAUAAACUUUUUAGUGUUUUAUUUUCUGUACCAGAAGCUCUUACAGCUUGUUUCUAAUGCAAAUAUGUAUUAGUACUAGAUAGUUUCUUGUGCACUAACUAGUCUCUAAAGUGUGCUAAUUAGGAGGAGCUAGUUUGCUUGGUUGCUAACUUGUAUCUGAUGUACACCAGCUAGUGUCUAAUAUGUACUAGCUAGUUACUUAUGCACACUAACUUGUUUUAGUGCACACUUACUAGUCUCUAGUGCACAGUAACUAGUCUCUUUAACUAAUCUCUAAUGUCUCUAAUGUUCAGUUAGUUUUUGUGUCUCGUGUCAACAGUUUUUCUGUGUCAGUGUUCAGGAGAACGUCCUCUCCGACAUGAAUAUCUCAUAUUUAAUCAUAAUAUCAGAUCUUUGUGCCUCCAUAUAUAUAUUUCUUAUUUAUUGACUUAUGUGUAUAUCAGAUAAUAUUCAGAACCAAAGACGUGAUGAUAACUUUGUUUAUCAUCUGAAGGAAAUGUCUUAUUUGUUCCUGCUUAUGUUUCUAUAUUUUUCUACAGAUGUACAUUGUGCCUUUAUCUCUGUUUACAUGCUGCAACAUAGAAUAUAUAAAUAUUUAUAUGAAUGUUAUGAUUCUCUUCUGCUCUCUGAAAUAUGAAAAUGUUUACCAGAAAGCAAAACACAAAAACACAAUUAAUCAAUAACAAAGAAACUCGACUGUGAAGAUAUGAAAUCUGUUUUAUUUUUUAACAAAAACUCUUUAUUCUGUUUAUAACAUGAAUGUUUAAGAAUCUCACCUAAAAAUAUGCUUUUUCUACUUAAAACCUUCUCAAAUUCACCCUUUUUAAAAACAGUGUAAAUUGUGUUUUUAUACAUUUUAACAUAUCCUUUGCCAUGAAAGUUAUUUGUGUCAUAAAACUGAAAGGUUA